UUCCCAUUUUUAUUUUUUUUCUUGGACAAUUAUUAUAUGCUGCUUCAACUGCUACUCACAUAUGCUGUGUGCUUUCUCCUACGUUGAUUCAUAUUUUGAGCCCCUCUUUUUGUAUUCUCUCUUGAGUUCUUUGGAUCUUACUCGUAAUUAAAGGGUUGGUGGGUCUUUCUUAGUGCAUCUGAUCUAAGCUGGUGCUCGUUUCUUUAUGAGUUCGUUCAGUUUCUACGUUUAUCCCUUCAUUGGAUUUUAGAUUCUGAAGUCUUACAGCAAGUUAACAAUUCAAUAUAGUCAUUGGUAUUUGCAACACCAAAGAUUAGGAGUGGAAGCCCAACCUGGGAUAACUUACAAUCAUAUUUGGAGGAACAUGAACGGUGAAUCAGCUGCUAAGAUUCGGUUUGUCAGAUGUCCUAAAUGCUGGCAGCUUCUUGCGGAGCCACAAGAUAUUCCAGUCUACGAAUGUGGUGGCUGUGGCACACAUCUUCGAGUGAAAAUUCGAAAAAGUAACCCUGAAGUUGCAACUUCUGGCCUGCAUGAAACAGAUGCUGCUCAGAAAAAUAGAUCAGAUCAUAUUUCUGAAGCUAAGGAAUCCAGCAGCUCAAAUCAUGAAGAAAAUUUUCUUUCCCCUGGGGAAUGUUCUUCAGACCAACUCAAUGGGAGGGCUGCAUCUGGCGAUUGUGAUCUUGAUUAUCUCAGUGGUGCAAACUUACCAGAAGAACUGCAAAGGAGUGGAAGUGAUCGAAAUGGUUCUGAAGAUUUUGAUAGUAAGCAACCUGGAGGUGUGAACUCAUCACACAACCAAAAGAAUGAGAUUGAUAAAAAUGAUCCAGGGGACUCUGAUAAUGAGCAUGUUGUAGGUGUAGGCUCAUCCAAUGAACACCAACAGAAUGGGAGUGGUCAAAAUGAGACUGAGGAUUGUGUUGAUUUGAAUGUAAUAGGCACAAGCUUGUCAAGUGAUGAUCAGGAAAGGGGAAAUGAUUCAAAUGAAUCUCCAGAGUGCCAUCAUGAACAGCCUGAAAUUUUCAAUGAAGUUCAAAUCCAACAAAUUGAGUCUGGGGAUUGCAAUGAUGAGCAUGUUGGAGGUAUGGGGGGCAUAUCAACUGAAGCACAAAAUGACUGGAGUGAUCGAAAUGAUUCUUCUGAUUGCAAUGUUGAACAGGCUGGGUUUUCCUAUAAAGUGUGUUCGCCUACCAAACUUGAUGAAGAGCUGUCCCCACUGGCAGCAGCAAAACCAAAAGCUGAAGUCAAUGAAAGUGGGAUUCAACAAAAUGACUCUGGAGCUUUCAGUGAUGAGCAACGUCGAAGUGUGAAUUUAUCAACAGAAGCAGAAGAUGACAGGAGUGAUCAAAAUGAUUCCUUGGAUUUCAGCAUUGAACAGGCUGGAAUUUCCUAUAAAGUUUGUUCUCCCACCAAACGUGCUCAUCUCAAGAACAAAGAGCCAUCCCCACUAGCAGGAGCAAAGUCAGAAGUUGAAGUGAGUGAUGAAAGCUCACCAUUACCAGUCACAAAAGCAGAAUUAGAUGCUCACAGUGAUAGUGAUGGAACUUCCAACGAUGUUGGUUCUCCCACCAAACGUGCUCAUCUCAAGAACAAAGAGCCAUCCCCACUAGCAGGAGCAAAAAAAGAAGUUGAAGUGAGUGAUGAAAGCUCACCAUUAACAGUCACAAAAGCAGAAUUAGAUGCUCACAGUGAUAGUGAUGGAACUUCCAACGAUGAUUGUUCACUCACCAAACUUGCUCUUCUUGAGAAGAAAGAGUUGUCUUCAGUGGAAGGGGAAAAAUCAGAAGCUGGAGCCAGUAAUGAAAGCUCUCAAUUAGCAGGAGCAAAAGCAUUGCUAGAUGCUUCCAAAGAGAGUGGUUCUGAUUUCAUAAAAUCAAGUAUUGAGAAGACAGUUGACAAGGAGGGUGCUUCAGUUGUCACUGCUCAAAGGCCUGCAGGAGAAAGCAUUUCAUCAGACGUCUUUGUAACUUCGCCAAAUGAACAGCUAGAGAAGCUUCAUGAAACAGGUCGCCAUGAUUUUAACCGUGUACAGUGUGCAGAUACAUUCAAAACUAUGGAUUUGAUUGACCCCAGCUCUGAGUUAAGUGACAGUCUUAUCGACUUGUCUAAAUCCCCAGCCACCAGAAGCUCUCGGGCUUACUAUGAUGACAUUGUCUCUUCAUAUGAAGGAACAGAUGAUCAAUUACCUGAUCGACCCAAGCAUCCAUUUAGAAAUACUCAUAAGCAAGCAAAUCAUGCAGCUUCCAAUGAGAGACCCAGAAGCGAAAAGUUUGUGGCGAAUAGCAGUUUGGGAAUGCAGCAUCACUUGAAGAAUCAUGCAUCGAUUAUUUCUGAUAAUAAUCACCGUGCCUUGAAAUCCAGCAAGCUAAAUCUUGAUGAAUUGGCAGAGCACACAAGGGUUGCCCAUCCAGCUAGAAACUGGAGAAGACUGGAGAAGGAUAAAUAUCCAUCUCAGGCUCCUUUCUAUCAGAGAGAGUUCUUGGCUGGCUAUGAUAAUGGGAGCCCUUCCAAUCAAAACAACAAUGAAUCCCGUUCCAAUCUGUACUUUCAUUCACGCGAAAAGGCUGCAUACACUGAACAGGAGAAGAUGAAACUGUUGGAAAUGAUUUAUGAAUUGCAGGAUCAAGUUAACGUUCUGAAUGGAAAGGAAAAAGGGAGGGUUGCUUCAGGGGUCACUUGGAAGGACCAUAAUCCCAGUUACAAUGAUCAUCUGGAGCAGGUAAUUUUCGAUGACUUGGACUAUCUGAGUUAUCCUGGAAGAUUCAGAGGGGGAAGCAACUGGCAUCAACAGAGUAAAUACUCCCAAAUGCCUUUCUCAGCAGAGGUAGCAAGCAAUCGAAACCAAGUUGAUCACUUGUGUUGCUGUCCCCAAGACUGGUGCUUGGCACAACCACCUCCACCUAACCUUCAUCAUAAUAGAGUGUUUUGCAAGGCCCAAGAUCGUGUUGAAUUUUACCAUUCCUAUGGUUCUUGUCCCACAACUCCACAACGGCAUGCUGACUCUGAGUUUUCCAUAUAUAGGCGUGAAACACUUUCUGAUGAACACAGGCGUAGGGAUCAGGAGGUAAAGAAGUAUGUGAAGAAGAAACAUCACUUGGCUAAGCGGCACCUUCUGCCCCUGGCAGGUGGAGCCCCUUUCAUAACAUGUUUUUUUUGCUUCAAACAGCUUCAGCUACCUGCAGAUUUUCUUCUUUCUAAAAGGAAGUACCACCGGCUAAGAUGUGGUGUCUGUUUGGAAGUACUUAGAUUUUCACUUAUAAGCAGGACUCAUCUAGUUCCAUAUACACCGACUGCUGAUGCACCUCCACCAAGUGAGGUUGAUGAGCAUAGCGGUGGUCUUCAUAUGAGAAUUUCGGCUUCAUCUUCACAUGCCAGCAAUUGUCCCAACGUGGAUCCUGUGUCAUGUUCUGAAGAUUAUGGACUUCCAUUCUGUAAAAGCGGUUCCACUGAUGGGGAUCCUGUCCAGACAUCAUUACGUUCAGCUGAAAGCAGCCUGAAUGAGCGUCGGAAGAAUCCCAAGGAAAAGCAUGAAUUAUCUGGACCUUCUUCUAGAAUGUCCAAAACAAAGAAGGUAUCUUCAGAAAUUGAGGAGCUGCCAAGGAAAGGAGGAGGAGGUUCCCCACUUCACCGACUCAUGGGUUAUUCCUCACCAAGUCGACUGAUAUAUGUUGAUGAACCAUCUUGUUCAAGUUGGUACUAUACAGCAGAAGACUAAGAGAGCAACUCACGACAUAUUUAUCAUGAAGCACGGGCUUGUAUAGAUACAUAUAGAUUGUACUUUGAUUAUUUUGUUGAUUAUAGUACAGGAAAUAGGACUCGCCUCAUUGCUUUGGAAUCAGUAGUAUAUAUAACAGAAGUAGAAACACAAGUUUUGAAUUCCAAGUAUAGGUUCUCAGAAGAGAAGAUUCCAGUAAUUAUUUGUUUAUUUUUGUAUUAUAAAACUGAUCCUGUAUAACGAAGUUUUUGGAUUUCAUGUAUAUUAUUCAGAGAA